AUGGAUCUUAGUUUAAUCCAGAGUUGCCUGUGUAGAUACGUUCUGCAUUUUGGGGGCAUCCUAAGGCUUGUUCUUGCAUUUCAUUUAUCUGGAUUAGUGUUUGGAUUGGGUACUGCUAAACUCACGGUGGGGUUACAAGCCCCCUGGAACUUCUCUCACCCUUUCAGUGCUCAAAGAUUAGGGUCAGCCAUGCAGAUCGCCAUUGAUAAGGUCAACCAAGAUCGGUCUUACUUGAGUAACUACACCAUGGGUUUCAUUUAUACCGAUUCUGGCUGCAAUGCCAAGGAGUCCCUUAAUGGUUUCAUCAGCCAGGUUCAGACGCACCAGAUUGCUGCACUCUUUGGACCAGGAUGCCCAGAAGCAGCAGAGGCUACUGGUUUGUUGGCCUCUCAAUGGAACAUUCCCAUGUUUGGAUUUAUGGGACAAACAGCAAAGCUGGAUAAUGCAUUUUUAUAUGAUACUUAUGUAAAACUAGUUUCACCUAUUCAAAAAAUAGGGCACGUGCUUCAGAAAAGCCUCCAGCAUUUUGGCUGGAAACACAUUGGGUUAUUUGGAAGCUCUGUAAGGGGGUCUUCCUGGGAUCAAACUGACGAGCUGUGGACAGCUGUUGAAAAUCAGCUCAAGUUCAAUUUCACCAUUACUGCUAAAGUGAGAUAUUCUUCCAGGGAUCCUGCCAUCCUUCAAGAAAAGCUAACGUAUUUGUCAUCGGUUUCCAGAAUUAUAAUUUUGAUCUGCAGCUCGGCCGAUACUAAGGCUAUUCUGGUGGCGGUGGAGAAGCUAGGACUGACGGAUGGGAAAUUUGUCUUCUUCAUAUUGCAGCAGUUUGAGGACAAUUUUUGGAAAGAGAUUUUGAGUAAUCAAAAGGACCACCUGCUGGAAGCUUAUGCAUCUGUAUUUCUCGUAGCCCUUAGUUCUUAUGGUGAAUACUCCAGACAUUAUGAAUUCAUGAAGCAAGUCUAUGAGAAACUGAAGGAUCAGCCCUUUUUCAGUUUGCUUUCUUCAUAUGAGCAGGUAAGCCCUUACUCUGCUUAUCUACACGAUGCCGUCCUACUUUAUGCUUUGGCUGUGAGAGAAAUGUUAAAGAGUGGAAAGGAUUUUCAUAAUGGAAGGGAGCUUGUCAACACCUUGAAAGGUUAUAAUAAGACAGAACUGCUUGGAAUCACUGGCCUGGUUCAUAUUGAUGAAUUGGGAAUCAGACAAAUGGAUUAUUCUGUCUAUGCUUUACAGAAUAUUGGAAAUUCAACUCAUUUUAUUCCUCUUUUGAAUUAUGACAGCCAUCUGAAAAUAAUGAGUCCCACAAGAUAUUUCUUCAACAUCAGUUGGUCAGAUGGUUCUCUUCCCACAGACAGACCAAUCUGUGGAUUUUUUCAUGAACUUUGUAACACUUCAUUCACAAGCAUGACUGUUAUUUUGAUAGUUAUUCUUCUGGUGUCAGCCUUGGGGGCAGCCACUGUGAUGGCUUUUCUAAAGAUGCAAAAAGGGAAAUUGCAAAUGCCCGCUGAAGACAUCUGGUGGAAAAUAAACUAUAGCGACAUCGUCAUCCUGUCAGAUAAUAAGCUGUCUCAGCCCAGCACACCAGGGUCUAAGAGAAAUGAAACCUAUGGAUCCAGUGUCUUUUCAAGGAAUCUGAGCUCAUGUUUCAACGACAAGCAGGGGGACGAACUCUUUUACACUACAGUGGGUCUCUACCAGGGAAAUCACAUUGCUCUCAGAUACACUGAUAAUCAAACGGAAGCUUGCGUUAAGCGACCAUCCAUACUUCGUGAAGUUCAAGUGAUGUGCGAGUUAAGACAUGAAAAUUUAGUUCCCUUUUUUGGUAUUUGCACUGAACCACCCAACAUCUGCAUCGUAACCCAGUAUUGCAAGAAGGGAAGUUUGAAGGAUGUUAUGAGAAAUUCCGAUAUUGAAUUGGAUUGGAUAUUCAAGCUUUCUUUUGCAUAUGAUAUAGUCAAUGGGAUGCUCUUCCUCCACAACAGCCCUCUGAACUCUCACGGAAACCUGAAACCUUCAAACUGCCUGGUAGACAGUCGGAUGCAAGUGAAGCUGUCGGGAUUUGGGCUGUGGGAAUUCAAGUACGGAAGGAAAUACAGAGCCAGUCUGAAGAAAAUGAAGAACUAUUCAGAACUCUACUGGACCGCCCCGGAACUGCUACGACUGGAGGAAUACCCGCUACAUGGCACCCAGAAGGGUGAUGUUUACAGUUUUGCUGUCGUUAUGAGGGAGCUGAUUUACAGUAACGAAGAGGGCCCAUUUGAAGAACUGAAUAAGGAAGCUGAAGAAAUCAUCAAUAGAAUCAAAGAUCCCACUGCUCUUGUGCCCCUGAGACCCUCCUUGUCAGAGGAGAAAUGCGGCGAAAGAAUCGUUACAAUGCUGAAAGCAUGUUGGAACGAAUUGCCAGAGAGAAGACCGACAUUCUCCUCUGUGAAGAGAAGAUUAAGAGAAGCAAGCCCCGAAGGCCACGUGAGCAUAUUGGACAACAUGGUGAACAAACUGGAAGUGUAUGCAAAUCACCUAGAAGAAGUUGUGGAAGAGCGGACAACUCAGCUUGUGGCAGAGAAGAAAAAGACAGAAAAGCUUUUGUCCACCAUGUUGCCCAGUUUCAUCGGUGAACAGCUGAUAGCCGGAAGAUCGGUGGAGCCGGAGCACUUCGAUUCUGUCACUAUCUUCUUCUCAGACAUCGUUGGAUUCACAAACCUGUGUUCCCUCAGCUCCCCGCUGCAAGUCGUUAACCUUCUCAAUGACCUGUACAGCUUGUUUGAUAACAUCAUUAAAACAUAUGACGUCUACAAGGUGGAAACAAUUGGAGAUGCGUACAUGGUAGCCAGUGGACUCCCUCUCCGCAAUGGUAUCAGGCACGUGGAGGAGAUUGCCACUAUGUCACUGCAUUUUCUCAGUGCUAUGAUUCAUUUCAAAAUUGGUCAUAUGCCAGAAGAGAAAUUGAAACUCCGGAUUGGCCUUCACACAGGACCUGUAGUUGCUGGUGUGGUAGGAAUUACAAUGCCAAGGUAUUGCCUGUUUGGAGAUACUGUCAAUAUGGCAUCAAGGAUGGAAAGCAACAGUUUACCUCUCCGAAUUCAUGUCUCAGUGACGACUGCCAGGGCCCUGCAGUCUAUCGGGGGGUACAAUCUACAGGAAAGAGGAACUAUUAGCGUGAAGGGCAAGGGAGAGCAAACCACAUUUUGGUUAAAAGGCAAAGCUGGGCUCAGCAUCCCCCUUCCAGAGUUCUCCAGUGAGGGAGAGGACUAUUCCAAACAGCAGGCUCAGGAGCCUCAUCUCUCUGCUUCUAAAGCCACUUGAUGGAAGCCCAGAUUUCAGAGAAGAUGGAAGAAUUUUUGAUUUUGUGCACUUUAGAGAUGGCAAUCAAGCUGGCCUCCUUAGCUGCUCAUUCCUCAUUUCUGCUUCUCAAGGUCCUGAAAGACAUGGGUCCAGCAAUGUACUAUAGUUAGAGACUUCAAAAUGUGAUUAGGCUACCAAAGGAACAAAAUCUGCUGCCCUUCCAGUCUUCUGAUGAUGUAUCUGGGUCUAUAUUUACAUUUCAUUUUCAGAGAUGUACCCACUGCUAAUGAAUUUUGAGCUGGGUGUUUGGAAGUGGCCUAAAAGAUGGACGUUUGACCAACAGUUGCUUCUCACUGGGCACAUGUAAAAGCAUAAAAGCAGGACUGUAGCUAGCUAGGACCGUAGCUAUGUAAAAGCAGCUGUAACUGUUGCCAUUUACAGUUAGCUCCUGAGACAGUUUUUGGUCCUGAUUCUUUCAGCCCAUUUUCACUAUGGAAAUGGUUAUCUUUCUUGGAUCGUGAGGGCGUCGGGGGAAAGAACAGAAGACACGUAUCUCAUCAGGUUCUAUGCUUUUGUGGUUCCGUGAUUUGUUGAAAGAAACCUGAGGUUGAGAUAACCAGCUAAAAGUUGUCCGGUGUUCCCUUAGUACUCGGGAAGGUUGGGGUCAGAGCUGCUUUAUUUUGGCAGCUAAGCCUACCUCUGUCAACACCAGAAUCUUCAGAAGCCUUCUCCACCUCCCCCUCACCCCACCCUGCUCCCAAUUAUCCAGGAGCCCACUACCACCCCAUUAGAACUUCCUAACCCUUGCUCCCCUGUUCCUCCCAGUACUGCUUUGCCCUGCUUUUACCUAGACCAUGACUUUAUCUGUGUCCCAGCAGACUUGGGGUUCACAAAGGCAUAUGGAGGAAUCAACUACAAUAGGCCAUUCAAAUAAAUAUGUACUUCUGCAAAUUGAGGACUCCACAUACAGUGUGUUGUCAAUAAAGCCUGUUAACCAACCCAAUAUGUAUCUCUCUCCUCAGGAUGGGAACAGUUAAUGAAAGUGACAGUGUAGAUAUAAGUUUCUCACAGUAGACCUACGUGGACAAUAUUUGAGGAUAUUUUAUUUCAUCUAUAGCACCAGAUAUUUAUUUAGCACUUAUUGUGUGCAGAGAACUGUACUUAGCGCUUGAAUACAUCAGAGUUGGGCUUACAGACUAGAGCGGACUUUACAGUCUAGAGAUUUAGAGCUUAAUUUAGAGUCUAAAUUCACAAGAUUGUAGGAUUUUCAAUAAAAUAUACUAACCUACUGGGAGUGUUGAUUUAUUUGAAGCCAUGCAUAAAAGCCAUUCACUAAGAGCAUACUAGGAGAGGUGUUUUUUUAAAUCCGAACCAAUAAAAUAUUUUUAUGUCUUACUACAAAGAGAAUUACAAUAUCACAGUUUUUUUUAGGCAUUUAGCUUUGAGAUAAGAGUGGUAACGUCUCAAUAUUCUUGGUUGUUGGUGAAAGAGUGGAUAGGAUUUUUAGACAUUUGGCCAACACUUAAAUCCUCAUGGUUCAGAGUUCAUGAAUUAGCCAAUGCAGUUAUGCGCUGAUAAUCCUAGUGACAGAAUUAAGGAUAGGGCAGGGCUGAAUAUAGAGUUUUUGCUUCUGAUCCUGGGUUUCCCUUUCAGACCUCCCUAUCCAAGUCUCUGCUGCCUCGCAAGUAAUUAAUUUGCGCCCCAACAAUCUGUUGAUUCUUUCCCUGUUGAUUAAAGACAUUGGGCCAAAUCGAGAGCAGAGAUCUUGAUGCUGCAUUCAACCUAGCUCUAAGAUUAUGACAUUCCAUUCUCCUUUGGCUCUUUCGGUUUCAUCGGCUUGAUUGGAGCUGGUGGUGGUUGUUCACUCUUUUUGGAAUCGGCUUUGUUUCGGCUUUAUUUAUGGAAUCGGCUGUUGAAAAUGGAAGGAACCAGAACCCUCCCACAGCAAAAAGGAAGGAUCCCAAUGAUCUGAGCAUCCUUGUCAUGAAGAUGAAAUAAUUUCAGGAACUAGGGAACACAUUUAUUGCAGCACUGGAACCCAAAUUUGUCAGGUUUUGAUUACCUUCCCUUAAAAAUCAUCCCCUAAGCUGUUUUUGUCAGCAAAAUAAACAUGAGUUGCCAUCAACUCAGAAAGUAAUGCCUUAGGAUAAUGGCCUGCUGCAGCCACGUCAGCUUCUAUAACAUAGCACAGAUACCAAGCAUGAAGAUUAGAUGGUAGAAAAUAUCUGCAAACAAAGGAGAAUGAGAAAUGUUACUUUAAAAGGGAUAUGGACGGCCUGUUCUGUAUUGUAGGUGAUUUUUACAAGAAUCUAUAAAAAGCAAUGGAACUUUUAAUUUCCCGUUGUGUUUUUAGAACUAUUGACUUUCAUUGAACUUUUGGAUUUAAAAUUGUCUUCUAGUACUGAUACUGUUGUUAUGAAGGACAAAAUGUACAUUUAUUAUUAAUCGAUAUUAAUGAUCAUGUAAUGCCUAUGAAAUUGAAUGGAAAAAUAGAAUGAAGCCACUUAGCUUU